AUGUACGCGCAAGCCGCCAGGGCCCGCGCCCGCAAACAAGUGGACGUCGACAAGGACGACGAUGAACUGAAGCGCGCCAAGGAAGCCUAUGCAUGGGAAUCCAGCAACGUUAGGUCCUGGGAUCAAAUCGAGGAGGAUCCGGAGACUGGAAAGCUCAAGUCCUUCGUCCGCGAAAAACAAAUUGCCCGAAAGCGAAGCCGCGACGACGGUUUCACGGGCGUGAGACGCGGCAUCAUUCGGUUCUGCGUACUCAUCAUCGACAUGUCCGAGCACGUGCGAGCAACAGAUUUGAAGCCGUCUCGCGCCGACCUUUUCUGCGAGUCCGUUUCGAGCUUUGCCAAGGAGUAUUUCGAUCAGAACCCCAUUUCUCAAUUGAGCGUCGUCAUGACCCGAGACUAUGAGGCCAUCAAGUUGUCUAGCUUUUCUUCCAAUGAGAAGCAUCACAUCGAGGCCAUGCGAAAGGCUUUGCGUCUAGGACCGAGUGGUGCAGCAUCUCUGCAGAAUGCGCUCAAGAUUGCCAACAAGAAUUUGUCCACCGUUCCGCCUUACGCAAUGAAAGAAGUUAUUGUGUGCUACGGAUCGUUGUCCACAUGCGAUCCUGGGGAUAUUCAUGCUACAAUUAAUUUACUCGCCAGUUCCAAAGUGAGGUGUUCUGCCGUAGGACUCGGUGCAGAGCUACAUAUUCUCCGUGUCUUGACAAAGAGCACAAACGGCACAUACUCCAUAGCGAUGAACGAGGAGCAUUUCCGCGACUCCCUCGGCAGUCACGUUAUUCCACCGCCGACCACAACGAAACAGGUCAGUGCCUCUCUCAUCCGGAUGGGAUACCCAAUACUUCAACGGAUUGAUGAGCCCACAUUAUACUGUAACAAUCCAAGCGUCAGAGGGCGACUAGGAUACAACUGUCCGCGCUGUUCGGGAUGGCUCAGCGAAAUGCCAUGUGAAUGUACUCUGUGCGGACUCACACUUGUUUCAAGCCCUCACUUAGCAAGAUCCUACCAUCACUUGUUUCCGGUUCCUAAAUUCAUUUCGCUUGAAACCAGUGAUCUGGAUCUACGUUUACAAUCGAAAGAGGAUGAAGCAAAGUUCGCAAAGGCUAUGAAAUUACUUCCGAUAGACGUGCUACGCUGCACAGGAUGUGCAAAACUACUCGAAAAAGAAGCUUCGCUGCGUCUCCUUUGCCCAAGCUGCGUAAAGGUGUUUUGCGUUGACUGUGAUGCUUUUGUCCAUGACUCGCUGCACCAUUGCCCAGGUUGCGGCGUGUAG